AAAGCACUGCUUAACUGCAGCUUCCCCACAUCCUCGAUGGGUAACUCGAAUGCAAGCCACACAGUUGAUGAGGUGCGGGAAGUCACCUUAGCGGAUGGUUCUGAAGUUAACAGCGCCACCAUAGACUCAGACGCUGAGUUUCUGGAGGGGGCGAAAUCUGCAUUGCUAUCCGACACAAACGUCGAAUGCGACUGGAGGUUGGCCAAGAACCUCAAGGAGACUGCAGCUGGUUCUACCACAGCAGGAGCCAUCAUGAGCCAAGAAGAUGAUUCUACCCCUGUGAUAUGGGAUGUGUGCCUGGCUCCAGCGGAGCAAUAUUGGACCUCUGAGAGGGACAAAGCAGUGAAACUGAGGUUGGCUUCAUCAUGGCCAGGAUCUGAGCCUCCCCUCACCGUCUAUCAGAUGUUCCAGAACACAGUGGACAAGUUCGGCGAUUUCCCAGCCCUGAAAUCAAAGAAGGACAGGGCUUGGGUCACACUGACUUAUAAGGAGUACCAGCAGGAGUGUCGGGCUGCAGCCAAGGGUUUUCUCAAGCUGGGGCUGGAACGUUUCCAUGGCGUUGGUAUUCUGGGCUUCAAUUCUCCUGAGUGGUACAUCGCAAACAUUGGCUGUAUCCUGGCUGGUGGACUUGCUACUGGGAUCUACACCACCAACUCCCCAGAGGCGUGCCAAUACGUUGCUCAGAACUGUGAAGCCAAUGUGGUGGUCGUUGAAAACAACAAACAGCUUGUGAAAAUCCUUCAGGUUAAGGAUCAUCUACCACAUUUGAAAGCUAUUGUUCAAUAUAAGGGUGAACUGGAGAGUAAGAUACCGCACGUAUAUACGUGGCCUGAAUUUAUGAAGCUUGGAGCAGAGGUUUCAGAUGCCCAGCUGGAUGCUAUGAUUAACAGUCAGAAGCCUAACGAAUGCUGCACUCUGAUCUACACAUCAGGAACCACAGGCAACCCCAAGGGGGUCAUGCUCAGUCAUGAUAAUAUCACAUGGCUCUCCUAUGCAACAGGCUGUACCUUAAAUCUGAAUAUGGGGAGGGAGUCUUUGAUAAGCUACCUGCCCCUUAGCCACAUUGCAGCCCAAGUUAAUGACAUAUGGGUCGCCAUGAGGUUUGCUGGCACUACAUUCUUUGCUGAACCAGAUGCGUUGAAGGGAUCCUUGGCCAACACCCUGAGAGAUGUACGACCCACAACCUUCCUGGGAGUGCCACGUGUGUGGGAGAAGAUGCAGGAAGCGAUGAUAACCAUUGGUGCAAAGUCUUCCAUUAUCAAGAAGAAAAUAGCCGAGUGGGCCAAGGGCAUAGGACGGGAGGCUAGCUACAAUGAAAUGAACGGCGAUCCCUCCGUGCCCUGGGGCUUCAUGCUGGCCAAUAACCUGGUUCUUCAGAGAGUGCGUGCCGGGCUGGGGCUGGACCGCUGCAAGCUCUGCUUCACUGGUGCAGCUCCUAUCACCAAGGACACGCUGGAGUACUUUAUGAGCCUCAACAUCCCUGUGUACGAACUUUACGGCAUGAGUGAGUGCACUGGCCCCCACACCCUGUCCUGGCAAAACAACUUCCGCAUCACUAGCUGUGGUCAAGUGAUAUUGGGCUGCAAAACCAAGCUGGAUAAGCCAGACACCGACGGCAACACAGAGGUGUGCAUCUGGGGCCGGCAUGUCUUCAUGGGCUACCUGAACAUGCCCGAAAGGACGAAGGAAGCCCUGAAUGAGGAGGGCUGGCUCCACUCCGGAGACCUGGGGAAGCACGACAAAGAUGGCUACCUGUUCAUCACAGGCAGGAUAAAAGAGCUAAUCAUCACCGCUGGAGGAGAGAACAUACCACCAGUUCCCAUCGAGGACACAGUCAAGGAGGAAUUACCUAUCAUUAGCAAUGCCAUGUUGGUGGGAGACAAAAAGAAGUUCCUCUCCAUGCUUCUCACUCUCAAAUGUAACAUCAACGAGAACAGUGAACCCACGGAUGAGCUCACCUCACUGGUCGUGGAGUUCUGCAAGCAACACGGAGUCACCGCCAGCAAAGUGUCUGAGAUCAUCAACAACAAGGAGCCAGCCAUUUACAAAGCCAUCCAGGAGGGACUGGACAGGGUCAAUGCCAAGGCCACGUCUAACGCACAGAGGAUCCAGAAGUGGUCUGUCCUGUCUCGGGACUUCUCUAUAUCUGGGGGAGAACUUGGUCCUACCAUGAAGCUGAAGAGGCCUGUCGUCACAAAAAUGUACAAAGAAGAAAUUGAACAGUUUUAUGGGGAAUAAUGCAUCUGAGUGUAGGAUAGAAAACACUGGACAAAAGCAGCUCCUAAUUAAAGUUUGCGUUGCUCAAUAAUCUCUCUCACUCCACCUGACACACUGAUAGGAGAAGUGUGUCCCAUAGCAAUGCUUCCCUGUAUUUAAGAUGCGUGUGUAGCACUUUCUGCUGAUCACAGCACUUUUUUGUAUACAAUGGGCUCAAAUUAUUGCCCGAACUAGUGCCCAUUACUCGGCACAGCUGUGCUAACUCUACUGUAUCUGUGAAAAUGUUUACCUCUCAAGAUGCUUGAACAAUUGCUGUUAAGUAUAUUGCUGGUGGCUUUGUGGUUACCGUGCCACUCUUUGAUUUUCUUCACCCAAAGUGUCAGCUAAUGUCCAAUGAAAAUUAAAUA